GUUCGAUAACCUGCUGUUUUAUUGUUGGUUCACGUACUAAUGACAGUCAUUUUACGUAUUCAUUGCUAAAAGAAAACUGAAAAAAUAAAUUUUCCCGAAUUUCCGGUUAGUCAUCCGCCCACAGCGAUCUUCAUUUAGUCCUAACAGAAUCAAGGGAGAGAGAGCACAUAGCCAUGGACUUUGGAGACGAUUUUGCUGCCAAGGAGGAGGUGGAUCCGGCGGCCGAGUUCCUGGCGCGCGAACAGUCCGCUCUCGGGGACUUAGAGGCGGAGAUAACUGGGGGAUCUGCAUCAGCUCCUCCGGCUGCAUCCACAGACGAAGGCCUGGGUGAGCUCCUCGGAGGCACUGCCUCCGAAGGCGAUUUGCUCUCUGCUGGCGGCACUGGUGGUUUGGAAUCCUCCACAGGCAGUUUCGAGGUCAUUGGUGGCGAGUCCAAUGAACCCGUGGGCAUAUCCGGUCCACCUCCCUCGCGGGAAGAGCCCGAAAAGAUACGCAAAUGGCGCGAAGAGCAAAAGCAACGAUUGGAGGAAAAGGACAUCGAGGAGGAGCGCAAAAAGGAGGAACUCCGGCAGCAGUCCAAAAAGGAGCUGGACGAUUGGUUGCGUCAAAUUGGCGAGUCCAUAUCGAAGACCAAGCUGGCGUCCCGGAAUGCCGAGAAACAAGCCGCCACACUGGAGAACGGCACAAUCGAGCCUGGCACCGAAUGGGAGCGCAUAGCCAAGCUCUGCGACUUCAAUCCCAAGGUGAAUAAGGCGGGCAAGGACGUCUCCCGCAUGCGAUCCAUCUACCUGCACCUCAAGCAGAAUCCCAUCCAGGUGCAGAAGAGCACCUAGGUAGUUUUAAUUACGCACUCGCCUAACCACAUUAAGUUGAAUAUGAAAAUUAUUAUUGAAAGUAUUCGCUGUAUAUUCCAAUUUAUGAUACAUAAAAUAUUAUUAUUGCUGCUAUAACAUAGCUGCGAUCAUCGUUUUGUCUAAUGAAUGCAAUAAAGAAUGUGCACACA